AGUUUAUUAGUUGGUUGAACAGAACCUUUCUUCACUCUCCCCUCUCCCGUCUUCCUUCAACGGUUCAGCUCCAGUCCGAUCCCUCCCUGUACCGAAGUGGGUUCUGACCAAGAAGAGAUCGAUGGCGCUCGACGGUGGAAUUCUCGCCAUAGUAAUCGUUGCGACCAUCACGACUGGCAUAGUGUCGGUCGUCAUCGUAGUCGGGAUGUACAAGUGCGCCAAAUUCGGCGUUGAGACGUAUCUGCAACAACGAGGCGGAGGCGACCGCGACCGCGACCGCGACCGCGAGGCCGAGGCGUCCAUCACCCGCGCCGGCGGCGAGCGCGGUAGCACGGACGACGACGACGACGUGGAGAUGGGGAGCAUGAGCUACUUCUUCGAGGACAUCCAGAAUGAGCGGCCGGUGCGGUUCAGCUCGCGGCAGCUGCGCGCCUUCACCCGGAACUACGCGCACAAGGUCGGGUCCGGCGGCUUCGGCGUGGUGUACAAGGGCCGGUUCCCCAACGGCGCGGCUGUGGCCGUGAAGGUGCUGAACAGCACGCUGGGCAAGCGCGCCGAGGAGCAGUUCAUGGCGGAGGUGGGCACCAUCGGGCGGACCUACCACAUCAACCUCGUCCGCCUCUACGGCUUCUGCUUCGACGCGACGGUGAAGGCGCUCGUGUACGAGCACAUGGAGAACGGCUCGCUGGACGGGUACCUGUUCGACCCGACGCCGGAGAGGACGGUCGGCUUCGGCAAGCUCUGCGAGAUCGCCGUCGGCACGGCCAAGGCGCUGCGGUACCUGCACGAGGAGUGCGCGCAGCGGAUCAUCCACUACGACAUCAAGCCGGAGAACGUGCUGCUGGGCGCCGGGCUGGCGCCCAAGGUGUCCGACUUCGGGCUGGCGAGGCUGUGCGACAGGGAGGACACCCACCUGACGAUCACCGGCGCGCGGGGCACCCCCGGGUACGCGGCGCCCGAGCUGUGGAUGCCGCUGCCGGUGACGCACAAGUGCGACGUCUACAGCUACGGGAUGCUGCUGUUCGAGACGCUGGGGAGGCGCCGGAACCUGGAGCUCGGGCCGCACGCCCGCGAGAGCCAGGAGUGGUACCCGCGGUGGGUGUGGCACCAGUCCGAGGCGGGGGACACGGAUGCCGUGGUGGCGCGUGCUGCGGCGACAGGGGGUAAGAGAGACAGGGAGAUGGCAGAGAGAGUGUGCAAGGUGGCGCUGUGGUGCGUGCAGUAUCGGCCGGAGGAUAGGCCGUCCAUGGGCAGCGUUGUCAGGAUGCUGGAAGGGGAGGAACAGAUCGCCGCGCCACGCAAUCCGUUCGCGCAUCUGGCGCCAUACACCUCUAGUGCGAUUCAGUCGUCCGGAGACACCACAGUAGGCCCUGUGGUCAGUGCUAGGUAGAUGAAAAUUCUUGGGCUAUUUAAAUUUGUAACUUUAGUUUUGCUAUCUUUCUCAUUUUUAAUCUUGGUCAUGUUUUUUUCUUAGUUUUGUCCUUCUGCUUUAUAGUACUAGAAAGACAAAACUGAAAAAAAAAACACUGACUAAGAGUAAAAAUGAGAAUACUAGUAAAACUAAAGACAUCCGGUCAUGCUCCUCUCACCUACGAAUUAUGAUAUCAUAUUACCUUUGGUCGUAGCUCUCGAUAUAAAAUGAUUCCAGAUCA